UGGGAGGGAGUUAAGCAAUGCCCAUCCCGACCCAGGAGCAGAGAGACGGCCCACUACCCACGGGAGGCGAGCUGGUGACCCUUGGGCUGGUGAGUAAAAGAUCCGCCUGAGCCAGUUCAAGGAGAGACGACAACCCGCGCAGUGUGAUUCGUAUGAAAAGGAAACCCGAGCUCAGGAAACUCAAAAAAAACACACACACAUACACGCUGGGACCAUCUUGAGUGACACUGCAGGAAAAGAGAGACCUAGCUCAUUCCUGAGCCUUGCCCUUGUGCAUGGAAGACCUGAUGUGAACAGAAACUGCUGAAGCUGACUCUGAAAACUAAGAGGGAAGGAGACAGGUCUUUGAAGCUCUAACUGGGAACAAAGCUGGGUUAAUAAAGUCAAAACCAUGAGCCAAUUUUGGAACCAAUUGCAGGCUGGCAGUUCAGAAGUGGACUGGUGUGAGGGAAAUUACAUGAUUGUCUCAAACAUUGCUGAAUUUUACAACACGAUCAGCAAUAUUUUAUUUUUUGUGUUGCCACCCAUAUGCAUGUACUUAUUUCGACAAUAUGCAACAUGUUUCAACAGUGGGAUAUAUCUAAUUUGGACUUUGCUUGUUGUUGUAGGUAUAGGUUCAGUUUAUUUUCACGCAACUUUGAGUUUCAUCGGACAGAUGUUAGAUGAACUAGCAAUCCUUUGGGUUCUGAUGUGUGCCAUGGCUAUGUGGUUCCCCAGACGAUAUUUACCAAGGAUUUUUCAACGAGACAGGAACUAAAUACUGGAUACUGGAAAUUUGAACCAAAAAUGCUGAAAAGGGGCAGCAGGCCUGUCUGUGAAGAUCAAAACUGUGGGCGCAAUCUUAUGUCUCUUUUGGCUAAGUCUGAGUUGUGCUAAGAUUUUUGGACAAGCUUUCGCUGUGAGGUUUAGUGAGUUCUCCCACCAUAUCUUAUCAAACUUGCUGCAUUAAUUACCCAUCACACUCAAAGGCUUCUCUCAUUCGAAUUCUGACCCAAACUUAUCAGGUGCUGUUUCCAAACAACUCUCCGAACAGUGGAUAUCCCAGAAUUCACUUGCAGCCCAUGCACCCAUGUCAUGUUUAGAAGUUUGUUGUGCAACUCACACAAACACCGAUAGUCCACACCUGUCCCCCAUGAUUCCUGAUAUUUGCCCCAGAUUUGGCAGACGGGGGAACUUAGCACCUGGCUGCGUGGGUAAGGGAUCUAAAAGUCCUGUUGAUUGGGCUGGUGAACAAGCAGGACUUCCUCUUCCCCCAGGACCAGGAGUGGAGGCCAGUACACCACACCAUGCUAGUUUGGUCCAAGUUUGCCAGCCAGGUCAGUGUGGUCUCAGCAUUCUAGAGGAAUGCCCAGCACUCUAGGAAGAAGGUCAGUGACCUUCUCUAUUCCACUAGCAUGUGUGCUACCAUUUUCACUCCGGUACACCACAUUCUCUGCAACUGUAAUCACCUGUCACCAUGGCUUAUGUUUUGCCACCCUCACUGUUGCCUGCAACAUCUUCCUUAAUUCACUGCCAUCUGCCCCAACACCACGAAUCGCACUUGCGCUUGGCACUACCUAAUCACUGGCUCGGGACACCUCCUGACCAAAAGUCAAUGCCCUUCUCCACUCCGCUUGGAUGAGUGCCAGCAUUUUCCCUCGGAGACUUCACACUCCUUCUAUCUCUGCUACUGUGCCCACCUCCCACCAAGGUUCAUGCUGUACCACGCUCACUAUUGCCUGCAGCAUCUUCUCUCACUCAAUCUCACCCACCAUUAUUCCUGACAGUACUAACCCCACAUGGGCCUUGACACUGCCUACUCACUCGCUUGGGACCCGACCUCACCUGGACCAAAUAUAUCAGUUCUGCCACCCCCAACUUACAUCUCCCAUAAUGCCUGCCGCUCUCUCUCAUUCCACAAGGAAAGCAGCACACUGUAGCGCAGAAAGCGUGGAGAUGUGAUGGGCUUCCUGAUAUUCAGUUCCUCAUCCCUUAUGAUGACAGCAUCCUAACUCUGACCUCCAUGAGUGGCUGAGCGACCGUAUCCAAGCCCCUGGACUGGUAACAGAGAUUGCCGUUGUGUUACUGUGCCAGGAUCAAAUGAGUGAAGGCUGUUUCUCUUGACAUGACUGAGGCCUGCUGACAACCAUGAUAAGGUUCCUGGGUUUGCGUCUGCUCUAAAUGACAAAGCAAAGCAGAAGAAAUAUAAGAUAACAAGGUGUAGAGCUGGAUGAACACAG